GGGAGGGGGCGGCGGCGGCGAUGCUGGAGGCCAUGGCGGAGCCCAGCCCCGAAGAUCCGCCUCCCACCCUGAAGCCGGAGACCCAGCCCCCCGAGAAGCGGCGUCGCACCAUCGAGGAUUUCAAUAAGUUCUGCAGCUUCGUGCUGGCUUACGCCGGCUACAUCCCCCCCACCAAAGAGGAGAGCGAAUGGCCGGCCUCGGGCCCCAGCUCGCCCCUGCGGGCGGAGAGCGCGGCCGACAGCGACGGCUGGGACUCGGCCCCCUCGGACCUGCGCACCAUCCAGACCUUCGUCAAGAAGGCCAAGUCCUCCAAGAAGCGGGCGGCGGCCGCGGCCGCCAUAACCGGGAGCUGCCCGCCGCCUUUCCCCCGCCUCCCCCCGGACAGUGCCACCCUCCUAGAGAAGAUGAAACUCAAGGAUUCCCUGUUUGACCUCGACCGGCCCAAGCCCGUCCCCGCGGCCCCGGGGGGCGGCCCGGCGGCGGCGGCGGCGCCCCCGCCACCGCCCCGUCCCCCGCAGCCGCCGCUGCCGCCCCCGCAGCAGCAGCAGCAGCAGCAGCAGCAGCGCAAGAAGGACCGCAAGACUCGCAAGCUGGGCCUGGGGGCCGCCUUCGGCGUCCCCCGGCGGGCCCGGCCGGCCGGAGACGGGGAGAAACGCUCCCGGAUCAAGAAGAGCAAGAAGCGGAAGUUGAAAAAAGCCGAGCGGGGGGAGCGGCCCCCGCCCCCGGGCCCACCCCGGGCCCCAGCCAGCGACACGGACUCGGAGGAGGAGGAGGAGGAGGAGGAGGACGAGGAGGAGGAUGAGGAGGAGGACGAGGAGGAGGCGGCGGCGGCCGCGGCCGGGGGCGGCCCCCCGCCCCCGCCCCCCCCCCCGGUCCCCGAGGCCCCCCGGCCCCCCGCCUCCGAGGGCCCGGCCCCCGCGGACGGCGGGGAGGUCAAGGAGAGCAGGAGCACGGAGACCAGCCAGGACGGAGACGGCAGCUCCAGCGAGGGUGAGAUGCGGGUCAUGGACGAGGACAUCAUGGUGGAGUCAGGGGACGACUCGUGGGACCUGAUCACGUGUUACUGCCAGAAGCCCUUCGCGGGGCGGCCCAUGAUCGAGUGCAGCCUGUGCGGCACUUGGAUCCACCUCUCCUGCGCCAAGAUCAAGAAGACCAACGUCCCCGACAUCUUCUACUGCCAGAAGUGCAAGGAGCUGCGGCCCGAGGCGCGCCGGGCGGGGGGCCCCCCGAAACCCGUGGAGCCCUAGGUGGGCUCCGGCAGCCCCUCCAACGGACUCUCUGCCGCUCCCCCUUCGGACCUCGGCUCCCCUCCCCUCGACGCGCACGCCAGGCGUCCUCUGAAAGCCGGAGCGGGUGAGGGGGCAGGGGGACGCCAGGUUUCCCGGUUCCCCCGCUCCCCACCCCCCCCAAAAGAACCCCUAGGGAGGCUAGGAGGGUCCGGCCCGGUCCCGCCCUCCGUAAAACUCUAGUGUAUAUAACCCCCCCCCCCCAAAAUCCCGUUUUAGUCUCCCUAGACCGCCCGCCCCUCUCCCGUUCUCUUUCUUUUCCAGAACCUCCAUUUUGCCAUG